AUGAACGCCUGUGGCUAUAUCACGGGCUUGGACUGGUACAAAUACGAGAAGGGCAGCACCGCGUUCAAGAGGGUAUGGUUCAACCUCCUGCUGUUAAUCAAGCUCGGCUGCGUCGAGCGCACCGUCAGAUCCACGGGCGGUUCCAAGCUCCCCCGAGUCGACAAGUGCUUUAUAGACGGUCCAGGGUUGAAGAGGGACCUAGGCGUUGGAAAGGCAGCCAAGGUCCCUCCGUUGGCUGUACCCGCGACGACGAAAUCGACCCUGGUAGGCCCCAUUUUUGUCGCGCUGUCGUACUCGUACGGCACGAUGCCGCUGUCGCAUUCGCACAGAUCCCUAUGA